UGCCUGGCCCGCAGCAUCAUGAACCUGCAGGCUUCGGACGCUGUCCUCAGUGCCGUAGCAGCCACGCUGAAGUCGUACCCCUUCAAUUUUCGGGGUGCAAAGAUCCUGUCGGGGGAAGAGGAAGGUGUCUUCGGCUGGGUUACCGCAAACUACCUCCUGGAGAACUUCAUCAAGCGCGGGUGGCUCGGGGAAUGGAUCCAGCCCCAGAAGACGACCCUGGGGGCCAUGGACUUUGGGGGCGCUUCCACACAGAUCACCUUUGAAACCAGGGACACCAUCGAAGACCCCAGCAAUGAGGUGAUGCUAAAGCUGUAUGGCCAGGAGUACAAAGUGUACACCCACAGCUUCCUCUGCUACGGAAGGGACCAAGUCCUCAAGAGGCUGCUCUCGAAGCUCCUCCAGGCUAAGAGCUACCAAGCAACCAUCCCCCACCCCUGCUGGCCCACGGGCUACCACAAGAACCUGUUGUUGAGCAGCAUCUACGAUAGCCCCUGCACGGAAAAGGAGAGGCCCAGCUUUGCCCUCAACACUACCAUCACCAUGGCUGGCACUGGAAAUGCUAGCCUCUGCACUCUGCACGUGAGCAAGCUCUUCAACUUCACCACCUGCUCCUUCUCCCGCUGCUCCUUCAACGGCAUUUUCCAGCCAGAGGUUUCAGGAAACUUCAUUGCCUUCUCUGCCUUCUUCUACACAGUGGACUUUAUCCAGACAGUGAUGGGGAGACGUGUACACUUGCCCAGCGACCUGAAGGAUGCUGCCGAGACCAUCUGUGCCACCAGCUGGAGCGAGCUGCUCCAGAAGGCCCCUAAGCUGGAGAAGAGAUUGUCAGAUUACUGCGCUGUCAGCAUAUUUGUUUAUUUGCUCACCACCAAAGGCUACAACUUCAACGACCAUUCCUUCCCCAACAUUGCCUUCCAGAAGAAGGCAGGAGAAACCUCCAUCGGCUGGGCCCUGGGCUACAUGCUGAACCUCACCAACAUGAUCCCAGCAGAGAAGCCCUCUUCCCACAAAAGCAUAAUGUACAACUAUUGGGUCAUCCUCAUCCUGCUCUUUGUGGUCACCACCCUGAUGUCUCUGGUGACUGCCAUCUGCCUGCUUCGGCACAGCAAGUCCAGCGCAAUCUAA